AUGCACAUAAUACAAGCAGUUUUUCUCUGGAUAACCCCAAUAUGGAUAGCCAUAAAGCAAAUAUUUCCACAAACCUUGUGGCAGGACUUCAAGUUCUUCAUAAAAAUAGUUUACUCUUUUCAGAAGAUAGAAAAAUCAGUUAAGGACUCUCCUUCUCAUGGAAUGCUGGAUGUAUUUUUGCAGCAAGCGUCUGUAACACCCAACCAAACUUUCAUUUUAUAUCAAGACCAAGCUCAUACCUACAAGGAUAUUGACCUUAAAAGCAAUCAGGCUGCAUGGGCAUUACGAGAGCAUGCAAAGCUUAAAAAAGGAGACAGUGUUGCUAUAUUUGAUUUUAAUGAGCCUGCCUAUGCCUGGAUUUGGCUGGCACUGACCAAAUUAGGUUGCCCCAUGGCAUGUCUGAACUACAAUAUACGGGCCAAGUCCUUUCUGCAUUGCUUCAAGAUCAGUGGAGCAAAAGUGUUAAUUGCUACUCCAGUAUUGAAGAAAGCUAUAGACGAAGUAUUGCCUACUCUCUUAGAAGAAGGAGUGCUGGUGUUUUAUCUAAACAUGGACACUUUUAAUGAUGGAACACAUAGUCUACUUGACAAAAUGGAAGCUUCUUCUGAAGAUCCAAUCCCACAAUCCUACAGAUCAGAUAUUUCCCCACAAUCCCCUGCGUUGUACAUUUACACAUCUGGAACUACAGGUUUCCCAAAAGCCGCCAUCAUAUCUCAAAAACGUGUUUUGACAAGCUGUACCGUUACAAUGUUAACUGAUUUCACAAGCAAAGAUGUCCUGUACAUCCCAUUGCCUCUUUAUCAUAGUGUAGGACUACUCAUUGGACUACGAGGAUGCAUUCAAUUUGGAGCCACCUGCGUUUUAAGGAAUACAUUUUCCGUUACUGAGUUCUGGAGUGACUGCAGAAAAUACAAUGUAACUGCAUUUCUGUACAUUGGGGAAAUACUUCGAUAUCUGUGUAAUACUUUAAAGAAAGACACUGACAAAGAACACAGUGUGCGGUUUGCCCUAGGCAAUGGUCUCAGAACUGAUGUUUGGAGAGAGUUCACAAAUCGAUUUGGUAACAUUACACUUUAUGAGUUCUAUGGAGCAACAGAAGGGAAUGUUUUCUUUUUUAACUACAGCAAUAAAGAAGGUGCGAUUGGCAGAAACAACGUGUUUCUAAAGCUUUUACAGCCUUUCGAUGUAAUCAAAUACGAUAUGGAAUCAAAUGUGCCUGCAUUGGAUCACAGAGGACGCUGCAUCAAGGCAGCAACAGGUGAGCCUGGCCUGCUUAUUGCAAAAAUCAUGAAAAGUAAUCCUUUUGCUGGAUAUGUAGGAAAUAAGUCUCAAACUGAGAAGAAGAUCAUACGAAAUGUACUGAAGAAGGGAGAUAUGUAUUUCAACAGUGGAGAUUUGGUCAUAAUUGACAAAGAGGGUUAUGUCUACUUUCAUGAUCGAACAGGAGACACGUUCCGAUGGAAAGGGGAAAACGUGGCAACUACUGAAGUGGAAGAUAUUGUGUCAACAGUGGACUUUAUUGACCAGUGUAAUGUGUUUGGAGUUCCAGUGCCUUAUCAAGAAGGCAGAAUUGGAAUGGCGUCAAUUAAACUUAAGGAAGGCAAAUCAUUCAAUGGUGAAAAACUAUAUUCUACAGCUACUUAUUAUCUUCCCAAUUAUGCUAGACCUCGCUUUGUCAGGAUACAGGACUUCAUUGACGUGACUGGCACUUUCAAACUUUAUAAAGGGGAACUGGCCAAGGAGGGUUUCAACCCCGAUGCAAUAAAAGAUCCUCUGUAUUUCUUGGAUGAAAAUGUUAAAUCUUACAUACCAAUGAGCAACACUAUCUACAAAGCAAUUAUGGAGAAACAAAUGCAACUGUAAUCUGAUGGUAACCUAUAAUGUUUUUUACUGAAAUGAAUUCAUAAUUGUAAAU